AUGCCGUCGAAGAGAAGAUCAGAUUCUUUGCCUGCUAAAAAUUCAAAUUUUUCGAAACGCGAUUCAUUGGUAGUUGAAUAUGAAGAGACUGAAAAUUUUGUUAAUGCCAACAUCAUUCCAUCUGCUGAUGACUCUGGUGAAUCGGAUUUAGAAGAUACCCUAGAUGAAAAUGUUCAGUUUGAAUCUGAUAUUUCUGAGUCUGAAGAUGGUUCUGAUUUUUUGCAAAAGGCCAUAUCAUAUGACAACGUGUAUGAAAAUUACGACAACUGUCAAAAAAAAUUAGAAGCUGAUUAUGUGUUUGAUUGGAAACAGGGUGAGUGUAAUCAGAACAAAACUUUUAAUAACGAGAUUAUGCUGAGCCGAAAACAUGAGUCUGAUAUAAUAAACAGUACUCCAACCGAGUUGUUUGAAUACUUCUUUUCAACGGAACUGAAAAAUCAUAUUAUCAACUGUACGAUAAAAAACGGCCAUGAGAUGUCAGUUACUGAAUUAGAAGUUUUCAUUGGCAUAAUAAUAUUUACAAUGUAUAACCAAAGAUUGUCUCAACGGGAUUAUUGGUCUCAAGAUCCACAUUUGAAAGCAGAACCAGUGGCAUCUGCAAUGACACGCGAUAAUUUUGAAAACAUAAAAUCAAAAAUAAAAUUCCACGAACCCGAAUAUCAAAAUAAUGCUGACAGAGAAUGGCGUGUAAGAAAAUUGACUGAUAUAUUCCGGAGCAAUCUAAUUCGAUUUGGCAUUUUUUCAAGUUCACUAUCCAUCGACGAGAUGAUGUUAAGAUUUUAUGGAAGGUCAGUUUUGAAGCAGUUUAUAAAAGGUAAACCAGUAAGGUUUGGAAUAAAAUUAUGGGCUCUCUGCAGUUCCAAUGGUUACCUUUUUGAUUUUGAAAUAUAUUGUGGCAAAAUGGACAAUAAAAGUGAAAAAUUAGCAAACUGUACUCUUGGUAGUCGUGUUGUUAUAAAUAUGUUACAAGUCGUUUUCCGUAAUGUACAUCUGCGUAACCGAGAAGAUCUGCACAUUUAUUUUGACAAUCUCUUCACUAGUCCGGAUCUUCUAGUUCAUUUGAAAAAAUAUGGAUUAGUUGCUACUGGUACAGUCAGAGCAAAUAGAGUCAAUAUCAAGAAUGCAAUCACAGAGAAAGAUGAAAGAGGAAAAUGGGAAGUGAAACACGAAAAAAAGAGUGGCAUAAAUUUCAUAACUGUGAUGGACUCCAAACCAGUUUCUUUAUUAUCCACUGCAGCUGGAGUAACGCCACUGGGAAAAGUAAAACGUCGUCAGAAAGGCAAGAAAGAAAAAAAAGAAUUAGAUUUUCCGAAUGCGUUUAUGCUGUAUAAUCAGUUCAUGGGUGGCGUUGAUUUACACGAUCAACGAUGCAAUGCAAUAGAGCCAAUUAUAAGAUCGAAGAAAUAG